AUGGCUUUCGAUUGCUACUGCGCAAUCUGCGGUGUUGGUUUCUGUGGCAUGCACAUCGAGGCCCCGUCUGAGACGGCCCUCGAGCGCCGCAGGCGGUGGAUUGAAAAGCGAUGCCGGGCGCUGCAGGCCGGCAAAGACUUCAGACAGGUGUCUCACGAGGGCGAGGAAAAUGAGGAGCCCGUCCGCAGCUAUGAUCCCCGAAUUGUCGGCUGGGACAAUAUCUCCUGGUUGUAUAAGGCACACUGCCUGGGUGUGGAUGAAAACGCUAAAUCGGGUGCGCCAAAAGCGUUUCUCUCGGAUGAAGGAUAUUAUGCCGAUAUUGGCGAGUUCGUCGUCAAGGCCAAAUCUGAUGGUUCUCGGUCGCGUUCUCAGCGCGUUUAUUCAUGCUAUGGCCAUGGCUCGGAGGAAGCGCCCGGUCCCGUAUUACCGUUCCACUGGUGCUGUUUUGAGAUCUUAACUCGCGCACUGACGGGUACGACUGACACUAAAAACGUCAAUCUGGACGUGUUGUACAAUAUCAUGACGCCGUUGUGCAACAUGUCCGGGUCCGCCCUGCAAUUGAGCUACGGAGACGACAUCCAGCGCUCGCAAGGCCGCUACUGGGAAUGUAUCCCGGGCGCAGAGUACUGUGCCGCCCACCCGGUGGAAACACCCGGACUCGAUGAACACCUCCAGAGCAACAUGGAGACGAACAGCGGCUUGAAGACCCCAUUCGUGGAGCUGGAUCUCCGCGACCGGAAGCCUGUCAGCCCAUUCGGCAAACUGCCCCUUGAGAUCGUUUAUCAGAUCUGCAAAUUCUUGCCUAGCGAUUCGCUGAAGGCACUGACUGAAGCCUCCCUGCACAUCCACCUCGUCACCCAGGAUAAUCUAUUCUGGAAGCAGUAUAUGCAGCAGAACAUGCCAUGGUUCUGGGAGCUUCAGGCAGCAAAGAACCAGAAGGUCCCGGCGGAUCUCAAUUACAAGAGGAUGUACAUGUGGCUCGAAAAGAUGACUGCUCCGCGGUACGGCAUGGAUGAUGUGAAGUUGAUUGGUGUUGCCAACCGGAGACGCAUCUGGGGUGUUUGCGAGGAUCUCGCGGAUCGGUACAACAAGAGCCUGAAUCAGCCCACAGUCAAUGCAACGCAGUGGGGAAGUGGCUGA